AUGCCCAGGUUACGACGCUACCGCGUAUUCGUCCUCUUCGCCGUCAUCUUCAUUUUCCUGGUUGUGCAUGUACGAAGAACGAGCAAUUUGCUGGAUCCCGCGCAUGUUCAGGACUUCGAUUCUCCAUCUCAACACGAUGCCCACGAGCACGACCAUAUCCAAGUAUCUCCGGACAAGGAAGCGCAGAACGAGCCGAUGAAAGAGUCUCUCCAGCCUAAAGCCGCGAGUAAACAGGAGCCAAUUGUCGAGCUAGCCUCUAGACCUGCGGCACCAGCCGAAGCCCCAGCUCUGAAGCCUGAUGAGGAUCUGCCAGAUCCGCAGUCAAUUCCACCGACGAAGGUCAGAGGAGAUGAUGUAGUGGACGAAAUACACGCGGUAUCCCCGCCAGGCAGGCAGGAACUUUCAUCUUUACCCCCCGAACACCAAGUAACCAUACACUGGGAGAGACAAAAAGAGCAUUUCCCAGUGCCUCCGGGAUCCGUCAUCAAACUUCCCACAGGGGUCCCUGUGAAGAUACCUAAAAUUCAGCAUGUCUUCAAUGACGAGACGACGGAUGCGAAGAUCAACAGGGAGAAGCGCCAGACAAAAGUGAAGGAGGAGUUCAUGAAGGCCUGGACAGGGUACAAGUCCAAGGCCUGGCUUCACGACGAGCUAUCGCCUGUCUCGGGCAAGUUCCGUGACCCCUUCUGUGGAUGGGCGGCAACUUUGGUAGAUAGUCUGGACACGCUCUGGAUCAUGGGCUUGCACGACGAGUUUGAAGAAGCUACCAAGGCGGUUGAUUCGAUUGACUUCACCACCAGUCCACGACGCGAUAUUCCAAUGUUCGAAACUACAAUCAGAUAUCUAGGCGGUCUUCUGGCAGCCUAUGAUGUUAGUGAAGGAAAGUACAAGAACUUGCUAGACAAAGCUGUAGAGUUGGCCGAAGUGUUGAUCGGAGCUUUUGAUACUCCCAACAGGAUGCCAGUAUUGUUUUAUAACUGGAUGCCAGCUUAUGCCUCUCAACCACAUCGCGCCAGUACGCGGUCCAAUUUGGCAGAACUUGGGUCUUUGUCCAUGGAAUUCACGAGAUUGGCACAGUUGACCGAGGAACCUAAGUACUAUGAUGCUAUCGCUCGAGUAACGAAUGCGCUUUCAGAAUGGCAAGAUCGUGGUACCAGGCUUCCUGGAGUGUUCCCAGAAAAUGUGGAUGCUUCUGGCUGCAACAAAACUUGGUCGACUAAACCGCAACUACCUGUGGCGAAUCCUAUUACGAAGAAAAAGAGGACUGAUGUCUCUGACCUUCCAGCUGAUAUUAAUGCAGCACGGGAAGAGGUAGGUGCUAGGGUCGGUGAGUGGGAUUGUAAGCCACAGGGCCUGGAGUCACAAUCGGAAUUUGGCUUAGAGAAAUUCUCCAUGUCAGGAGGUCAGGAUUCGACUUAUGAGUACUUCCCCAAGCAAUAUCUUCUCCUUGGUGGUCUAGACGAGACUUACAGCAAGAUGUAUUUGAAGACCGUUGAGGCUAUUAGAAAAUGGAUGCUUUAUCGUCCCAUGACUCCCGAUAACCGCGAUAUCCUCUUCGCAGGAUCCGUCACCGCUACCAAAGACCCGGAAAAGGUCCCGAAAUUGACUGCUGAGGCCGACCAUUUGACUUGCUUUAUUGGGGGAAUGGUGGGCAUGGGAGCCAAGAUCUUUGGCAUAGACGACGAUCUUGAACUUGCAAAGAAGCUUACCGAUGGUUGUGUCUGGGCCUACGAGACAACCGAGUCUGGAAUCAUGCCUGAAGGUAUCAUCGUGCUUCCUUGCCCGAGCACAGAUCAAUGCACCUGGAACGAAACGAAGUAUUGGGAGUUCUUGGAUCCUAUGGGUGCCACGAGAGACCAGAACGUUGCCAAUUACGACCGGAAAAAAAAGGAAGCGGAUGCUGCUAAUGCUGCCACGAUGGCCGAACAAGCCGAAUUGGAGGAAACUCCCGAGCUAUUGUCUCCCUCUACUGGUGCUGAAACGCUGAAAGAGAAUGGGCCCGCCUCGCUGCAGAAACGUCAGACCUCUCCAGAGGACCCCAACGCCCCUGCUACGGCACCAAAAGUCCAACUUACGGAUGCAGAAGAGAAAUCAAAAAAGUUCUAUGAUGAGAAGUCCAAAGAAGCUGAACUUGAGCUUGAAAGUAUGGCCAAGACCGCUGGACAUGGGGCUGAGAAGCCUCUCGUUGACGCUGAAGUUUCACCGUCUGCAGUUGUACCUGCGUCUAUACCUGCGCCAGAGGCGGAAAUCUUGCGAGAUCCUUUGCGGCCUAUGAAUCACAAGGAAUAUGUAGCGAAUCGCAUCCUACAGGAGAGAAUACCUCCUGGAUUCGUGUCUUUCAAGUCCAAGAAAUACAUCUUGAGACCCGAAGCAAUAGAGUCAGUGUGGUAUAUGUACCGCAUCACCGGCGACCCAUCAUGGCAGGAUAAAGGCUGGAAGAUGUUCGAGGCGAUCAUCAAGGCGACAUCGACCGAGCACGGCCACUCGGCAAUCUACGAUGUCAGCGCUAAAGUACCCGCAAAAUCCGACGAGAUGGAGAGUUUCUGGCUCGCGGAGACGUUGAAGUACUUCUACCUCCUCUACUCUACGCCCGAUACUAUCAGUCUGGACGAGUGGGUGCUAAACACUGAAGCCCAUCCUUUCAAAAGGCCGACGGCGUGA